GAGGGAAGGAGGAAGGGAGCCUCAAACACCAAGGCCAGCCAGGACAUCCCCUAGGAUCACACUGAGCUCGCCACAUCCCCAAAGCAGCCGAAACCUCUGCACCAACCAGCCCAGGUCAAACCUCAGAGGCCCCAUGGAGUUCCCAGGCCUGGGGGCCCUGGGGACCUCUGAGCCCCUGCCCCAGUUUGUGGACCCUGCCUUGGUGUCCUCACUACCAGAGUCGGGGGUCUUCUUCCCCUCUGGGCCUGAGGGGUUGGAUGCAGCAGCCUCCUCCACUGCUCCAAGCACCGCUUCAGCUACAGCUGCUGCACUGGCUUACUACAGGGAUGCUGAGGCCUACAGACACUCCCCAGUCUUCCAGGUGUACCCACUGCUCAACUGUAUGGAGGGGAUCCCGGGGAGCUCACCGUACACCAGCUGGGCCUAUGGCAAGACUGGCCUCUACUCUCCCUCAACCGUGUGCCCCACCCGAGAGGACUCCCCUCCCCAGGCCCCGGAAGAUCCUGAUGGGAAAGGCAGCAGCAGUUUCCUGGAGACCUUAAAGACAGAACGACUGAGUCCAGACCUCUUGACACUGGGGCCUGCACUGCCUUCUUCGAUCCCUGUCCCCGGCAGUGCCUAUGGGGGUCCUGACUUUCCUAGUAACUUCUUUUCUCCCACUGGAAGCCCCCUCAAUCCAGCGGCCUAUUCCUCCCCCAAGCUUCGUGGAACCCUGCCCCUGGCCACCUGUGAGGCCAGGGAAUGUGUGAACUGCGGAGCAACAGCCACUCCACUGUGGCGGCGGGACAGGACAGGUCACUACCUGUGCAACGCCUGUGGCCUCUAUCACAAGAUGAAUGGGCAAAACAGGCCCCUCAUUCGGCCCAAGAAGCGUCUGAUUGUCAGCAAACGGGCAGGUACCCAGUGCACCAACUGCCAGACAACCACCACAACGCUGUGGCGGAGAAACGCCAGUGGGGACCCGGUGUGCAAUGCCUGUGGCCUCUACUACAAGCUACACCAGGUGAACCGACCACUGACCAUGCGGAAGGACGGUAUUCAGACUAGAAACCGCAAGGCAUCUGGAAAAGGGAAAAAGAAACGGGGGUCGAAUCUGGGAGGUACGGGAGCAGCAGAAGGAUCAACCGGUGGCUUCAUGGUGGUGGCUGGGGGAGGUGGUAGCGGGAAUUGUGGGGAAGUUGCCUCAGGCUUGACAUUGGGCCCGCCUGGUACUGCCCAUCUCUACCAAGGCCUGGGCCCUGUGGUGCUGUCAGGGCCUGUUAGUCACCUCAUGCCUUUCCCGGGGCCCCUGUUGGGCUCACCUACAGGCUCCUUCCCCACAGGCCCCAUGCCUCCCACCACUGCCACCACCGUGGUGGCGCCACUCAGCUCAUGAGGACACAGAGCAUGACCUCAGAGCAAGGGUAGGGUCUUUCUCCUCUUGUAGCCAGCAGUCUAUACAACCCAACCCUCUGGGCCCCAGACACUCCUUAGUCUGGACCCUCAAAGCUUUUGUAAAAUAAAACCACUAAUGU